AUGUCACAUAUAAAAGAAAAACAGAUAACACCCCAAAGAAUGAAUCCCUUUGCCACUUUGGAAAAUGGUGCAUUCAACUUAUCAGAUCCAGCGACCCUCGCAUCAAGUAAUCUUAAACAUUCUAUGUGGACAAAUGAUAAAAGUGAAACGAUUACGGCAUUUAUUAUUUCUCGGCAAAUGAUGCAUAUCGCAAAUAACAUUCUUACGACUAUUGGCACGAUGAAAAAUAUCAUGCUACAAAAUAUUAAAGAUGAAUCACUUAUCAGGUUGAGAUUUGAAAUUUCGAAUUUUAUGUUGCAAGAUCGUAAUUACCUAGGAAAACGAGAAGAUGAAACUCCGUAA